AUGACAUAUGCUCAUGCAAAUAAUGCAAGCAUAAAUGGCACGAGCAUUCGGCAGGACGUUAGGAUAACAUGCACUCAGAAUGACGUGCAUCCAACAGAAGGCAUGGCGGGAAGAGGAGAAGGCAUGGCGAGAGGAGGAGAAGGCGUGGUGAGAGGAGGAGAGGCCAUGGCGAGAGGAGGAGAAGGCGUGGUGAGAGGAGGAGAGGCCAUGGCGAGAGGAGGAGAAGGCGUGGUGAGAGGAGGAGAGGGCAUGGCAGGAGGAGGAAAAGGCAUGGCGGGACGACGGGAAGGCGUGGUGACAGGAAGAGAGGGGGUGGCGAGAGGAGAAGGUAUGGCGGGAGGAGGAGAAGGCAUGGUGGGAGGAGGAGAAGGCAUGGUGGGAGGAGGAGAAGGCAUGGUGGGAGGAGGAGAGGGGGUGGCAGGAGAAGGCAUGGUGGGAGGAGGAGAAGGAAUGGCGGGAGGAGGAGAAGGCAUGGCGGGAGGAGGAGAAGGCAUGGUGGGAGGAGGAGAAGGCGUGGCAGGAGGAGGCGAGGGGGUGGCGGGAGGAGGAGAAGGCAUGGCAGGAGGAGGAGAAGGCAUGGUGGGAGGAGGAGAAGGCACGGCGGGAGGAAGAGAAGGCAUGGUGGGAGGAGGAGAGGGGGUGGCGAGAGGAGGAGAAGGCAGGACGGGAGGAGGAGAAGGCGUGGUGGGAGGAGGAGAAGGCGUGGCGGGAGGAGGAGAAGGCGUGGCGGGAGGAGGAGAAGGCAUGAUAGGAGGAGGAGAAGGCAUGGUGGGAGGAGGAGAGGGGGUGGCAGGAGGAGAAGGUAUAGGGGGAGGAGGAGAAGGCAUGGUGGGAGGAGGAGAAGGGACAGGGUGGCGAGAGGAGGCCACGUGGGGAGGCAAGAGACGCGCGCACGUGGAGGCGUUAGGAGAGCGCGUGGAGGUGAGAGGAGCAGGCGCGGGGAGGCGAGAGGAGAACGCGCGGCAAGGUGAGAAGAGGCCGCGCGGGGAGGCGAGAGUCGAGCGCGCGGGAAGGCAUGAAGAGGCCGCGCCGGGAAAGCGAGAAGAGAGCGCGGGGAUGCGAGAGGAGAACACGCGGGGAGGCAAGAGGAGAAUGCGAACUGGGAGGCGAUAG